AUGUUAUGCACGUCAUGGCUACACUCAAGGGUGACCGGCAAGGCUUUACGAUCCCUGACUCGAGCAUCUGCCUGCCCACCGACAUGGAUUCAGCAAAAGAAAGAGGUUCACGCGUUGACAAUUCUCGACCGAGAACGCCAACCAGCAUCAAGACGCUUCUCGAACCAUAACAGACAUCAGUCGACUUCAGCAACACCCUCGCCCCUGACCCAAGACCUCCCUACGAUCUACAAACCUCCGACAACAGGUGUCAUCUCGAAGCUACCGUCAUCAUGGAUCCCCUACGCCGAACUCAUCCGCCUGGACAAGCCGGCAGGGACGUACUACCUCUUCCUUCCCUGCAUGUUCUCCACGCUCCUGGCAGCUCCAAUGGCCAUGGUAUCGCCAUUCCAAGUUGUCUCAACCACAGCACUCUUCUUUACCGGCGCCCUGAUAAUGCGAGGCGCCGGCUGUACCAUCAACGACCUCUGGGACCGCAACCUGGAUCCCCACGUCGAACGCACCAAGCUACGACCGAUCGCUCGAAAGGCCAUCACCGUCGAGCACGCGAUUGUAUAUCUAGGCGCACAGCUCCUCACGGGCUUGACCUUGCUAUUACAAUUUCCGCUUCCCUGUCUCUACUACGGAGUUCCCAGCCUCCUGCUCGUCACGGUGUACCCGCUCGCGAAGCGAGUGACACAUUAUCCACAAUUCGUCCUCGGCCUCACCUUCUCCUGGGGAGCCAUCAUGGGGUUUCCGGCGCUGGGCAUUGAUCUCUUGUCAAACCCCCCGGCUCUCGCCGCAGCGGCAGCGCUCUACGCCAGCUGCGUAGCCUGGACACUCAACUACGACAUGAUCUACGCCUACAUGGACAUCAAAGACGACGCCAAAGCAGGCAUCAAGUCGAUAGCCCAGGCGCACGAGCACAACUCCAAGGCCGCUCUGUCCGUCUUCUCCGCGGCGCAGAUCGCCCUCCUCGCGACCGCGGGAUACUUCGCUGGAGCGGGUCCCAUCUUCUUCAUCGGUAGCUGUGGAGGCGGAGCUCUGGCUCUGGCGACCAUGGUCCGGCGGGUGAAUCUGAAGGACGUCAAGGACUGCUGGUGGUGGUUUAGAAAGGGAGCCUGGAUCACGGGCGGGACCAUCUCCCUCGGCUUGGUGGGCGACUACCUCUACCGCCGGUCGCGAGAGGAGUCGAAAGUAGCCGCAAUUUCUGUAUAA